CCGCUAUCGAUACUAUUGCUUUUACUUAAUUAUCGAGAGACUAUCAAUAGUGGACUAUCGAUCGAUGAGCAACACUACCACAAACUAAAUUAAAGUAAAUUAAUAUCUGUGAAGUAAAUUAAUAUCUAUGUCUAUGCUGUGAUCUGUGCUGUGCAUUUUAAAAUAUUAUCUGUGGCAAAAUAUUUUUUAUUUUUAUAGGUUUCUGAUAGUGUUUAAUUAUAUUAUGUACUUUACUUCUUAAAUGUUUUUCUAGUUUUUUAGUUACAUUAUUACCUCCCGCGAGUAAUAUUGUCAGCUUUAAAAUACAAUGGCAUACAAUCUUCGUUCAUCUAAAUUUACACUUCUUACGUUACCUACCGAAGUGUUAACAUAUAUUUUAAUAAAAUUAGAUAAACAUGAUUUGCGGAAUCUCAUGUUAACGUGCAAAUUCCUAAAAGAAUUUAUUAAGAACAACAAUACAGUUUGGAGAUCUCAACCGCAUGAACAGAUGUUAAUAUUCAACAGCUUAGGAAGCAGCAAGCGGGACUACUUCACUGUGUUUGAUCGUUGCAGAAUAUCAUUUAAUUGGCGCAAAGGAAUAUACAGAAACAAGAUACUUCUCCGGCAUAAUGAAAACUUUAUGCCGUGGUUAAAAUUUCACAAUUCUGAGAUCUUGUUAAUGGCUUUUGGUUCAAAACUUCAUGGGUAUAAAUCAGAUAGAACUGGGACACCUGAUUGUAAAAAGGCUGCAUGGGAGGUAAUAAUGCCCACUGUAGAAAGGCAUGAUGUACGUACUAAUGAUAUAUCAAGAUUUGUUUUCAAAGACGGAUUUCUUGUAUGUGGAAACAGAGAUGGCUGCUUUGCAGUGUAUAAGGCAGAGGACAUAACCAAAAGCCCACAAUUAAUGUGUCAUGUGGUUGAUUGUCAUAACAACGGGUAUUAUGAGGUGACUGCAGUAGAAAUGAUUAACAGAAAGACACUGAACCCUACUGUAGUGAGCGGUUCCAACAACUGUUCAACUUUAAAAAUGUUUAGCAUAAAAUCAGAUAAAAAUCCUAAAACAUUUAAUGAUGUACCUAUGUUCUCCUAUGACAACAAAGAUAUUACAAAUAUAGAAGUAAAAAAUGGGAGAGGAUUUAGCUGCAUGCAUUUAAAUUCAAUGAAUGACAGACUAAUAGUUGGACUCUAUGAAAAUAGUAAGCCUAUUUUGAUUGAUGUCAACACGGGAACAGUAAUGAUGACUCAAAAUGGAUCCAGAAAUGUCGUGAGAGAUGUUCAGUGGCACGAUAAUAAUGUUGUCGUUUACGUCACUUAUUUUGGAAUGUUGCAAUGCAUUGACACUCGGACGCAUCAAGUGGUUUUUGACACAUUUGACCCGUUCCAAUCGUCUCUAUACUGCGUGAAAACUGAUGGGUUCCGAUCGUUGGUGGUUGGUGCCUCAGAGUAUUGUCGAUGUUCUUUAUUUGAUAUACGAUAUUCAAAAGGUCAUCUUCAACUUUUUUAUACUCAGAAAAGGCAAUCUCCCGUCUAUAGUUUAGAUUUUGAUUCAACAAAACUUAUCGCGGCGGUGGAUCGGAAUGUUGCAGUUUUGAAUUUUGAUGAUAUACAUUAUGGAGAAAGGAAAGACUAUUCACAACAAUUUCAAUUAAUUCAUUAUUCAAACGAUUUAUAAUGUGAAGAUGUGUCCAUAUAAAUUGAGGUUGAAAAGCUAACAGAUUUGAUAGGAAACUCACCAUUUUAUUUAGGAAAGAAUCCCCGAUUUUGUCACGUAUUGUUUGUCCAGGCUUUCCCAUUCACUUUCCUGGUAUAGCUGCAAAUUCAAACUGCUUCCAUUCAUCCUCUCCACGUGACCAAUUAAUCGAAUCAUGAUUUUCUCCUAUUCCUGUAUUGUAUUUUAAGAUAUUAUGUAUUCCAUAAGGUUCAGCUAAGAGUACUUUUUUUGAACUUAUGCUACGAAAUUGAAAUAAACAUAAAGUAUAACCUCAAUUUAUAUGGAUAUACAACCCGUUGGAAAUAUCUGUGAACCUGCCUUGAUAACGUCAUGCAAACUGGAGAGAGCAAAAAAAUCGAGAUGCAAAAAAAAAGAAAUAUAUUUUUUUGUGUGCCUGUACAGGGUGAGUUUUUAUUCAACUGCAUAAAUUUAACUGUUAAGUGUACUUAUCUAAAGGUUAUUUAAAAACGUUAAAAGAAAAAUAUCGGUUUAUAUUUCAGAAAGUACGAUAAAAAAUAAUAGUAUCAAAAUCCACUAUCCUAAAUACGUCAUAUCACCCCGGCCGGCGGAAAAGCGACGCGUAAGAUUCAUAGGUCAACGUCAAUUAAUUUUUCAGACAUUUAUUACAUGUUUAGUUUUAAUUUCUUUUUGUAGUAUUGGUCUUUAAUAAAGCGUGUGACGUAGUUUUUCAGGGUUUUUAAAAUGUGAAAAUGAUGACGUUUAAUGACGUUUAAUUUAAAUAAAAAUAGGCUUAAACGGCUCAGAAGCAUGGGUAUAGUCUAUGUUUAAAAGGAUGCAGUUGUUUUAAAUGUCACACUGUAUAUUUUUAUACUUUUAUACAACGCCUUAAAAUAAAUUUCGGUACCCUAAAGACUUUAUUAGUUAUUUCUUACGGCGUCUUUUUGGCCGGGAAAGUUCAGCUCCUGUUUGGCUAUUUUCAAAAUCUUUUUUAUUGGUAUAAAAAUUUUAUUGGUCAUUAAAAAUAUCGACCCGCCGAACACCUCUCCGUGUACCUCGUCUGUAUAACCACGACUACUGACAAGAGUGCUCGACUAGGAAGAAGACUAAAGAACGUAUAGCGCAUAAAUCAAAACUAUCUAGAUCAAUUUUCUUUUUGUAUUUUUUAAGCUUCUCCCCUGGUGUCGAGUCGGGAGCAUAAUAGUCUCCGUGGUAAUAGAAGCUGACGUACUAGGUUAUGGAUCUUCUUCGAAGGACGUCAUCUCUUCCUGAACAUUUGCCUCUCUAGUUGUUUCUGACAGAAUUUGUAAUUUUUUUGCUUCGUUCUUUAUUUUCAUUAUGGUCGUUUUAGAUAAUCCAGUUGCUGCACAUGCCUUUUUUGUUACUUGUUCAACCGUGCUGUUUUUUAUUGUCAAAGAAUUUAAUUACUUUGAGCACUAAAUUCUACUCGGCACCAUAGUACCACCACAGAGAAACAAUACACAAACAAUAAUGCGAUUACCAAAGUGAGAUACACGUGCGUUGGCAACGGUACUGGAUAGACGAUAACGUGCGGAGGGGCGGGGUUCGCAGACAUUUCCGACAGGUUAUAAGUAGGUAAGUUGCGCUUGUAAAAAAUGUAUAUAAUUUAAUGAAAUAUAUGAGAGAUUAUAAAUGAUUGACCUCUUUUAUUUGAAUAUUUAAGAAUAAUUAGAUCCUGACAUUUAGUACAAUUAUUUCAAGUAUGAGGAUCAGGACGGGAGUAGGAGUUUUAGUAAUGACAGCAGCAUCUGCUUUCAAUAAAGGCGGGUUAUAGCAAUAGAAGAAA